AUGACGACAACACUAAUCUAUCCACCUGCGUUUCCACAGGUUGGUUCUCACUAUUCGUUAUUUUGUAAGAGAAGCAAUAACGUAUGUUUGCUCCUGUUACCCUCCCCACAAACAUGUUUUUAUAUAUUGAACGAGUGUACAAAUGUGAUUGGUUUGCUACUGUUGUGUUCCGGCGAUGUUGAGUCCAACCCUGGCCCUAUGACUAAGGAUCAGGAAACGCAGUUUAAUAACAUGAUGGAGUUACUACAGAAACUAGAUGACGGUCAAAGCACCUUACUCACGGAAGUUAAGUCACUACAACAUGAACAACACGCGCUGAAAUCGUCGGUCUCUCAGCUUGGGACAAGAGUUGCUUCUAUAGAAACUGACGUCGCAUGCGCCGAGAUAUAUCUUGUUUUUUACGGAAUACCUGAUUCCGGCAAUGAAUCGUGGGCUGAAUCGGAACAGAAAAUAAUAGAACUAUGUUCUGAUAAGCUAAGCAUUAGUAUCAAUCCAGAUGCUGUUGAAAGAGCCCACCGGCUAGGACGUUCCCACAAUGGUAGGACCCGUCCGAUUAUACACUCUAAAUCGUUUUACACCUUAAAGGAGCGUAUACUCUCAUCAUCAUUCAAGUUAAAGGGAACGAAUCUGUCUGUAUCGGAAGACUUUGCUUCCUCUAUACGGAAUGCCCGAAAACAUAUGCUGACUUUCGGCCGCGCUCAGGCUUCUCCCUUCCGGCCUAGGUUCGAUAACCUACUCAUCGGUAACAAGUGCUUCGUGUACGAUGAGACUCUUCGCUGUGUUCGCGAGACCUUCGAAGCUAGACGCACAUCCACGACUUCCACAGCUACUUUACUGCCUAGUGCCGCUCCACAAGUGCUCGCCUUCAGUCAGGUCUCCUCCAAGCAGAAGUCCGGCCCUAACAGUCGUGGCGAGAGAAAACGUGAGGGGGAAGAGAACAAGGAAACACAAGGAUCGGGAUCGGAAGGUGGCCCUAGAAAGCUACGGCGUUUGACGGAAUUCCGAAAGAGUAAGCCCAUCCUUAUGGGGGACGAUUUGUCCCGUCGUGUCUGUCCGUAA